CCGUAAAGUCCUCCUUCUCCGCCUCAGUGCGUCGAGUCAGGGUGGACUGCACGGCGCGGAAGCGACUACUGCUCACAUGCGCGCAACAUCACGCUGCGGUCCCGCCGGAGGACAAAGUCUUCUUCCUCCCCCUUCUUCUGGUUUUUGGAGGUGGCACACUCAUGUGAAGAAGUGAAGCAGCUUGAGGAGCAUCGGUCACGGACAUGGGUCACAUUGAUGGUGCCACUCUACUAGCGUUUGGCGCCGCCAUGUGUGCGGUCCUGCUUUGCCACUCUGGUGCUGGCUCCAUCAGGACCGCGCACGGGACGGAUGACUCACACGCCAAGUGCCCGGAUGAUAAAAUCAUAACCAUGGAGUAUCCCUGCGUCCAAGCUGGAGGGAAGAGCAGCAUCUGCUUCAGGAGAAAAUGCUGUGACGGCUUCCGGUUUGUGAUGGGCCAGUGCAUACCUGAAAGCGUGGACGUGUGUGCCGAGUCGCCGUGCGAGCAACAGUGCACCGACAACUUCGGACGUGUCGUGUGCACGUGCUACCCGGGCUAUCGCUUCGACCGGGAGAGACAUCGCAACCACAAGUCUCCAUAUUGUCUUGACAUCGACGAGUGUGAGGAGUCGGGCGGCGGCGUGUGCGAGCACGAGUGCGUUAACACGAGCGGCAGCUUCCUGUGUCGAUGUCACAGUGGAUACAUUCUGGCUCCCGACCAGCGUUCCUGCAUCGCUGUGCACAACCUGAGCUCAUCGGGGAAGUCAGACACGCUAAUGAGCGCGGAUACCUGCUCGUUUACCUGCCAGGACUUCAUCAACAUGAAAAGCAAUCUGUUGCAAAUAAAACUACGGUUGGGCAGUUCGCAGGUUAGUGAGCUCCUGGCCAGCCGCAGUGACAAACCUCCUCCUCUCAGGAAGCGGGGAAAAAGUUCUGAGAGAUCAUGUCGUCCUGGUCUACCUGGACCUCCAGGACCUCCUGGGGUCCCAGGACACCCAGGGGGGCCAGGAGCUAGAGGGGACCCAGGCGAGGGAGGCUCACCAGGGCCUCGGGGUCCCCGGGGGGACAUUGGACCCAUGGGUCCAGAGCCUGAUCUAAGGCAUAUCAAAAGAGGCCGCAGAGGACCAGUGGGACCACCAGGGGCCCGCGGAAAAGACGGUUCAAAGGGUGACAGAGGAGCUGAUGGUCCCAGUGGGCCCCCUGGCCCUCCAGGCUCCUUCGACUUCCUGUUGCUGAUGAUGGCCGACAUUCGAAAUGACAUCAUUGAACUGCAGGAGAAAGUGUUUGGAGACAAGAGGGGCAUCUCGUUGGACUCUUUUCCCUCCGGUGGGGAGCCUGAUUUUGCCGAGUGGGGGUCCGGCCAAGGGGACCUCAUGUUCAGUACCUGAACUUUUUGAAUGCUGCUGGUGUCAUUAUUUAAAGACAAAAAGAGGACUCCCGAAGGACACGAAGGACUUGAAAGGUCAAGCCUUUUUGCUCGCAUCUCUUCCUCAUCCUCUCUCCUCCUGCUACAGGUUAGCAUGCAAACGGAGAGUCUCUUUUCAAAUUAAAACGAGGUUCUUUAUUGCCAAUGUGCAGCGAGAGGGAUUAUUUGUUCAAUAAAAGAAAGAAAAUGUCA